AUGUCGAACUCUGAUUUCUUGAGCAAAGGGAUAGAACUCAUACGUGAUGCUGUGGAAGCAGAUUCCGCCACAAAAUACGAAGAAGCUUAUAAAUUAUAUUAUAAUGGGUUGGAUUAUCUUAUGCUCGCGUUGAAGUACGAGAAAAACCCAAAGACCAAAGAAAUACUACGGGGGAAGUUCACCGAAUACCUUUCUAGAGCAGAAAAGCUCAAGGAACACUUGGAAAAAGAGGAGAAGUCAGCAACAGAAGAAAACGCCAACGGAUCAUCGACCAAGGCAAAGUCCACCGACGACGGCGGUGAUUCCAAAGAUGAUGACGAUACCAAAAAAUUGAAGAACGCCUUAGCAGGCUCGAUCCUCAGUGAAAAGCCUAAUGUGAAGUGGGAUGACGUUGCGGGAUUAGAACCCGCUAAAGAAUCGCUCAAAGAGGCGGUGAUUUUACCGGUCAAAUUCCCACAUCUUUUCACCGGUAAAAGAAAGCCGAUCAAUGGGAUCUUGUUAUUUGGUCCUCCGGGGACUGGUAAGUCUUUUCUUGCCAAAGCAGUAGCCACUGAGGCCAAUUCAACUUUUUUCUCGGUAUCUUCUUCGGAUUUGGUGUCCAAAUGGAUGGGAGAAUCUGAAAGAUUGGUGAAACAGUUAUUCCAAAUGGCCAGGGAAAAUAAACCGUCGAUCAUCUUUAUCGAUGAAGUCGAUGCGUUAUGUGGUCCUAGAGGUGAAGGAGAAUCCGAGGCUUCCAGAAGAAUCAAGACCGAGUUGUUGGUGCAAAUGAAUGGGGUGGGUAAUGAUUCUUCAGGGGUGCUCGUGUUAGGCGCCACCAAUAUUCCAUGGCAAUUGGAUGCUGCCAUUAGAAGAAGAUUCGAGAAGAGAAUUUAUAUCGGCUUACCAGACGUUCAGGCCCGUAUUCGGAUGUUUGAAUUGAAUGUGGGGACCACUCCUUGUUCAUUGAGCAAGAAUGAUUAUAAAGUAUUGGCAGAAAUGACCGAUGGGUAUUCGGGGUCAGAUAUUUCCGUGAUUGUCAGAGACGCUCUUAUGGAACCUAUACGAAAGAUCCAAUCCGCCACCCAUUUCGAACCGGUAGAGUGUGAUGAUGGGAAAACUAGACUCACUCCUUGCUCACCGGGAUCUUCAGGGGCGGUCGAGAAAAAUUGGAUGGAUAUUGGUGCUGAUGAGUUGAAGGAACCAGACUUAACAUUGAAAGAUUUCUUGAAAGCGGUAAAGACUGCUAGACCAACCGUUAAUAGGGAUGAUUUACAGAAACAAGAAGAAUUUACCAGAGAUUUUGGUCAAGAGGGAAAUUAA